ACUGUCAACGCCAGAAGUACCGAAACUGAGUGCGCGGACCUCAAACAAGACAAAUCAGCGUAACAUGGAGCCUACAAAUCUACAGAAAGCCAUAGCUAUAGCUCAGAAAGCUUCAGAGGAGGACCAGGCUGGACAUUUUGAAGAGGCUAUCAAAUCAUAUCAUCAUGCGGUGAAAUAUUUUCUGCAUAUAAUAAAACGUGAACCUCAGGGUAAGGAGGGCAAUCAGAAGAUCAGAGAAAAGUGUAAGCAGUAUCUUGACAGAGUGGAAGAGCUUCAAGACUAUCUUGAUAAGAAAGAGAAAGCUAUAGAUCUGGCCAAUAAGGCAUCUCAGGAGGAUAAGGCCGAAAACUAUGAAGAGGCCCUUCGUCUAUACCAGCAUGCUGUUCAGUAUUUUCUGCAUGUUGUCAAAUAUGAAGCACAGGGUGAUAAGGCCAAACAAAGCAUUCGUGCCAAAUGUGCUGAAUAUUUAGACCGGGCUGAAAAGCUGAAGGAAUACUUAAAGAAGAAAGAGAAGGCUCCAGCGAAACCAGUAAAGGAGUCCCAGUCUAAUGACAAAGGAAAUGAAAGUGAUGGAGAAGAAGACCCAGAGAAAAAGAAAUUUCAGAAUCAGCUCUCAGGAGCCAUUGUAAUGGAGAAACCAAACAUUAAAUGGAAUGAUGUGGCCGGUUUGGAGGGGGCCAAAGAGGCUUUGAAAGAAGCUGUCAUUCUGCCAAUCAAAUUCCCACAUCUCUUUACAGGUAAAAGAACACCAUGGCGGGGUAUACUUCUCUUCGGGCCUCCUGGAACAGGCAAAUCUUACCUGGCCAAAGCAGUAGCAACAGAAGCCAACAAUUCCACCUUCUUCUCUAUUUCUUCCUCAGACCUGGUAUCAAAGUGGCUGGGAGAGAGCGAAAAGCUGGUGAAGAGUUUGUUCACAUUGGCUCGAGAGCACAAGCCCUCUAUUAUCUUCAUUGAUGAGAUCGAUUCACUCUGUGGCUCCCGAAGUGAGAAUGAAAGUGAGGCAGCUCGCAGAAUCAAGACAGAAUUUCUGGUUCAGAUGCAAGGUGUUGGUAAUGAUAAUGAAGGAAUCCUGGUUCUGGGAGCCACAAACAUCCCCUGGACAUUGGAUUCUGCCAUCAGAAGACGAUUUGAAAAGCGUAUCUACAUCCCUCUACCAGAAGAGCAUGCUCGGGGCUUCAUGUUCAAGCUGAAUCUGGGCACCACACCUAACAGUCUCACCGAAUCCGAUUUCAUAACCCUGGGCAAGAAGACAGAUGGCUACUCUGGUGCUGACAUCAGCAUCAUUGUCAGAGAUGCUCUCAUGCAGCCUGUCCGGAAGGUUCAGUCUGCCACUCACUUUAAACAGGUACGAGGGCCAUCAAGGAGUGACCCAAAUGUCAUAGUGGAUGACCUCCUAACCCCUUGUUCCCCAGGGGAUCCACAGGCUAAAGAAAUGACAUGGAUGGAAGUUCCAGGAGAGAAACUUUUGGAGCCAAUUGUUUCCAUGUCUGACAUGCUGAGGUCCCUCUCCAACACAAAGCCCACGGUCAACGAGCAGGAUCUGGAGAAGCUGAAAAAGUUCACAGAGGACUUUGGACAGGAAGGCUGAACAGAACUGGUGCUGAACCAAAGCAAAAUUGAGAUUGUAAUGUCUUUUCUCUCAUCCUUCACAUGCCACUCUCCUCCUUUCAUGCUUAUGUUCUUCCUAUGACCCACAAGCCCCCUCUGCUCAGGCAAAAGGACUGAUGUAAACUGAGAUGUGUCCAUGUGAAGAAGUUUUUCUUCACAUCUGUCAAUAGCUGCUGUGCCUGCAAGGCUCCCAUCAGUACCUACUUGUGUCCAUCAUCCAUCUUUUAACUUUAAUCAGCGGCCUCAAUCAUAUAUUUUGUUGUUGUUUCUACCGGGCCUUCCACCGAUUUAAAAUUCAAGUAAAGCAGUGAGCGUUUGAGCAUGUUCUAAUAUCUUGUUGUUAUAUCUAAUGUCUUGUUUACGGAGUCACAUAAAUCUGAAGGGACACGAUGUCUAAAUGUUAUUUUCUUUUCUUAUUUUUUUGCGCUUUAUAGGCAAAGAACCAUUAAGUGGCUCUUGUCUGUUGUAGCAAAGCAUUGUUCAUGGGUGGAGGUGUACUCUUCUUCACAAUGCCAUCCAGAAUUGCUCUGUUUUUCCUUUUAUUUGAGAAAGCUGUGCAAUGCUUUUUGAUGUAACACUCUACAUAUUCUACAUAUGAUUUGUUUCCAUGUAAAGCCUUACUUUCAGUAUAUUACUGUUAAAAAUUGCUCUUUCACUGAGAUAUGAGUUACAUUAUUUGUUCAGGGGCCAAUGUUGGACAUUUGUAAAUUCACUUGUUGAGGCUCAGCUCACAGUGUGCCUUCUUUGCGUUUUCCUCCUCUGUCUGUCUGUCUGUCUGUCUGUCUGUCUGUCUGUCUGUCUCAAAUAUCAAUUACUGUUUUUAUAGGAAGAAGGUUUGGUAAUAGACUUUUGCAUACUUCAUUUAGUGCUUUACAACAAUAUAUCAAUCUGCAUACUGGUCCUAUGCACUUAUAUAGGGUGUUUGGUUUGGCAUUUAAAAUCCUGUAAGACAUUGUACUAUUAGAAUAACAAUAUAGUAUGGAUAUGGUUUGUUUUAAAUGUAAGUUCAGUUAAAAUAAUUUUUCCAGGCGUUUGAAAGUGGUUUCUCGUUUAUUUCACCAUUCACAUGUAAAUAAAGUUGAAAUGGAAAAAAACAA